AUGUAUGCUACUGUUCAGACUGCAAUUUCGCAAGAGAAUGAUAAAUCUCUGAAUGAAUUGAAAUUGCGUUUGAAUGAGGAAUAUUGUGGGGCGACUAAAAUGUCGAGAGAGGAAUUCUUAUCAUUGCUUUUGAAAGACGAAACAUCAUUGAGCAGAGAGUUCUCAGCAGAAAUUUACAUCCCCAAAAUCGUGCGUAAGCAACACGAGGACAAAGGAAAUGUAUGCAUGGCUUUAAGAUCAGAAGUAUCUGGCAACUGUCUCUACAGUUCAGUGUCAUUGCUUUUGGCAGUUUUUUUUCCUAGCAAAACUAAAAGGACAAUUUCUGGUCCAACAUGCCCAGUGCCUUCAAAAAGCAAAGCUGAAAAAAGUCUGGGAAUAUCAGUAAGUUUUUUCAAAAUGGAAAACCAGAAAUCAUUACAAGUGAGGUUUCUUGUACUAGGGUUACUGAACAAACCAUUGAAGAUUUACAGGUAA